UGCCUUGUUAUGAUAAGAGAAGUAGAUAGGUUCUAUUUGUAAUACCAGAGUUUUUAUAAUAUAUUUGAUUAAUAAUAAAUAAAUCAAACAUAUCUAGUAAGAACUGUUCGCACGUGUUAUCCGUUCAACCAUGAAUUUAAAUAAGUUAUACCAACUAAAACUUCAAGAUGGUGAGCAACAAAAAGGAGGAUGAAUCUCAAGUUUUUAUAAGUAUGUGCUGUAAAAGUUACGUUCUAAAUUUAUAAUGCUAGAAGAUCAUCAAAUGGGAUCACAAACUUUAGAAAUUUUACGACAAGGUGUUUGGGCAUCUUUUACUGGGGGAUGGUUUUAUGAUCCACAUCAAGAUGUGUUUUGUAAUACUUUCCACUUGUAUAUUUGGCUUUUUUUAUUAUGUCUUCCAUUUUCCAUCUAUGUGUAUUUUCCACCUACAAGAUAUGUUUGGUACUUUUAUUGCGGGUCAGUAACCAUAGCACUGACUAUAAUUAAACUGGUUAAUUAUGGCCUUCAUCAUAUGUAUGACACUACCGAAUGUAUUCAAGAAGAAAUAGAAGAUGAAUGGCAAGGACAAAAGAGGGAAGAAGAAGGUAUUGAGUUGCAAAUUUUAUCAAAUAAGGUACCAAACCAAACCACAGUACCUGUAUUAAGUUCUUUGAAUACUUUUUCGGAGGCUGGUGCUUUACCCAGUACUGAUGCAGAUAGUUUGGAAUCCACAGAGUUCCAACAGUUAGAUGUUGCGCAGGGAGGUGGAAAGCCAAAUAGCACAAUUGAUUUAAAAGCUGAGGUUCACAGGAAGAAUUCCUCAGAAAGUAGUGAUGAUUUUACAGGCGGCCCCAUCUUAGAAAUUAUUACUCACGCGGAACCGCCGGAUCGAGAGAGUAGAUUAAGACGUACCGACAGACGCGUCAAACAUCAGCGUUCCAAAACAGACGGAUUUGUCACUUUUUCAGUGAAAGAUGAAAAAAAUCCGCAUUCCAGUUUUCGAAAGUUGUACCAGCAGGGCAGCACCGACUCUCAGGAGAAUGGUCUUCUCAUACAGCAAAGACCCUCUUUGCAAAGCGUUGAAUCAGAACAGGGUACAUCCAAUUUCGGCGAAAGUGGCGGAAGAAGGCAUUCAAAUUUUACCAAUAGUAGUCUGGGUUUCUUGCCGUCCAGUGUGCAGGCUGAUAUAAAACCUACAGGUUCUUUAGAAUUAGGUUACAUCGAUAAGAAUCCAAAUCAGGCACUCACGUCGGAGGGAUUUUAUUUCAAGCCAAACAGUCGAGGCGGUGUGAGAAGAAUACGAUCCACAGCUCUGGAAACUUGCUGCCCCCCUCCACCCUUAGCAGCGCAUCCUAAUAGCUUGGAGGUCAUAGGGUGCAAGAGCACCAGAAAUCCUUUGCCUCCACCUAGCACCAGUCUUACGAGGAAUCAGCAUUUAAACUUGUGUCCCUAUUACGGAUCAGAGAUCGUAUACCCUAUCGCGGAGCAAUCCGACGAACACCAGACCUCCCACGGCCCCGAUACUGAUUUGGACUCUUUGACCCAUAUAUCCGAUUCAGAUUUUGAGGAGAAUAACCAAGGUAGUCAUUCCCCUCUUAUAUACAUUAAACUGAAGAAACUGAAAAAUGUGCCUUACGAUGAAAAAUACCAAGCUAAAAUACCCCCGAAACUCGUAGACGAGGAGCGCACCAGUGCCACUUCUAAGGAUGCCUUACUGGACAAUGACAAUUCCAAUUCUAGUGCUACCCCCGACAUGCAGGAUGCUCGCGCUGACUGCUACGGCACCGAUAACGACGUUAGUGACAAGAAACUUAGUGAAUGCUCAAACUUGUCCUGCAGUAAUACUAGCGUGGAGUGCGAGGAACGGACUAGUGAACGACGAAUUAGAAACACCGUUAAAUUUAAACAAAGUGAUAAGUGCGUCAAGAAUAAGUUAGGGACCGAGGAAUUCCGGCUCGAGGGUACUUACAGAAUAUGUGAUAGCGAAGUACACGAUGGCAGGACUGACGGGAACAAAAGUGGUAUUGUCCGUAAGAGGAACAUUAAGAGGAACAAGAGAAGGAAGUACAACGAUAAAAACAAAGACGCGGAAACUAGUGGUAACUUUUCUAGUCUCGUGGAGUUGGAUUUGGAUUGGUUGUUCGAUGAUGAAAACCAUCGUCUACAGCAUAGAAAAGAACCCUUGAAGAGGGAAUCAGAGUGGUCCAGUACAACCACAGUGUCCUUAGAACACGACGUGAGCAAAGUCUUGCAAGAGACAGUUCCCGCGGCACGAAGCUUGGGCGCUAUUCCAAAGAAAUCCAGGACAGCUUCGAGUUAUAACGAACCGUCUAGUAGGAAGACCCCGAAGAGUGAAUCUGAAAAGUGUAGCAUCUGCAGGUGUAAGCCAGAUUUGCCGCCGGAAGAGAGACCCAAGAAUAGGUCGAUGAAGGAGAAUAAGGUAACACAAACGUUGAGGCAGAGCGACAGUCCCAGUCCCGAAGGAUUGGAAUGUAUCGUGUAUUCGUCUCCAAAAGCGCCCAAGGUGGGAGUUUCAAAAAGAGGGUCCAACGUGAAGGUGGCCAGGGUGAGAACCGAUGAAGCGUCAUCAAGCGGAUCUAACAACGAACUAAGCACUCUUCUGCCGCCAGCACCCUUACUAUCCGCAUUUCUCAACUCUAGAAGGGACUACCCUCUGUCCAUUUGUAUGCCUGGGGAAGGAAUUCGAUUUGAUAACUCUUCUCCCCACAGAACUAGACUGAAAAGAAACCGAGUUAAUCGAAGGAGAUCUAGUCAAUUGGUGCGGAAAGAGCAGGCUAUAGCAACGUCCCUUUCCGCAGGAUAUGGAACUCACAGUGCCAAGAAUUUUAACGAUACCAGUAAUGGAUCGGUCCAUUGCUAUAUAGACGAACAUGGCAAUCUGAUCACGUACACUUUCGAUGAAAAUGGAGUUGGAACAGCCAACACACACACACAAGUUGAGGUAGGACCAAGUGACAAAGUAGCCGUCCGAGGACGUCAGGGUGAAACUGCGACGACGUCUAGAAGUAACAAAAACGUAGAUUUCUGGGACAGUACUGACUCGAUUUACAACAGUUCCGUCUCUACAAUACUCGACGUGUCUGUUCGUAAGCCGAGGGUGCAUACUGCUCCUAAUUGUUCGAAUAUACACGCAGUUCAAGUGGCGAGACUACGACGAAAUCACGCCCGUCCCUUGCGUAUGAGAAUGUUGGAUCAGAAUUUCGACCAAGUCAACAUUGCCGACGACUGGCAGAUGGACAUAGUGAGACGUGAAAACGAAAACGAAGAUUCGGCAGUGAGGAAUCGGUUUAAGUUCAUCCAAGCCGCGGAUACGGUGAAUAAUAACUACCCUCGGACUAAGAGUUAUUAUAAAUUCAGACUGUUCCCUUGGACGUUCGUUAAAGUGACUUUGGACCGGUUGAAAUUGCUUGCGCUGCUAGAUCGUAACUUGACUAUGACUGAAACCAUUUUGUCUAUUAUUUUGGGUAUUCUGGUCUCGGUACUAGGUGCCGUUUUAUUAUAUUCUGACUUUUAUAAGGACUUGUUAGCUUUUAUCCUUUGUUUUGUUAUAGCUAGUUGUCAAUAUUCGUUACUUAAGAGUGUGCAACCCGACGCGGCUUCACCAACACACGGAUUCAAUCGAGUGAUUGCGUAUUCCCGGCCGGUUUAUUUUUGUGUGUUCUCAAUUUUAAUCUUACUUCUCGAUUAUAAUAUCAUACAAACUACAAGGUUACAGGGUUAUAAUUUGAACAAUUUUAGUUUUUCCAGCCAACAAAUCCUGUUAGUCGCUAGGGAUUUUCUGGUUAAAUUUAUUUUACUUUUUCCCGUGUUGUUUUCCUUGGGAUUGUUCCCGCAAAUCAACACUUUCGUGAUGUAUCUCUUGGAACAAGUGGACAUGCAUAUAUUUGGGGGCAAUGCGAUGUCAAGUCUGAUUGCUUCGUUUUACUGCAUUUUUCGUUCUCUUUUAGCUGUGAUAAUAUUAAACGGACUGGCCUACGGAGGCUUGAGUGAAUCGAAAGGUUCACAGCACGUACUCUUCUCCAUUUUCUGUGCCUGCUUGGUAGCUUGUUCGUACCACUUGAGUAGGAGCGCAAGCGAUCCCUUACAUAUAUGGAGCAUCGUUAAGAGUCAUCUGUGGCUUCCGGACGUCUACAGGGAACAAGAAACGGCUUACAGUGGAUCCCGCAGGGAAUCCGCUGAGGCUUGCGUCAAAGAAAAGCCUGAAAAAUACAUCGGUAAAGACAACAAAACUACUAAAGAAAGGACUGUUAAGUUUCCUUCGGAGGUGAAGGAUAAUAAUGCCUCGGAGGAACACGUAGAUCCCUUACCGUAUAAAUUACAGAAAACCGUCAAUGCGCGAUUGAAGAAUGAUGUAAUCCUAUGUUGCCUAAUUGCUAUUUUGGUGUUCAGUAUUCACGCCAGCACGGUGUUUACAGUGUUACAGCCAGAAUUGAGUCCGGUGCUUUGGUCCAUGGCAGCAACGUUGGGAUUUGUUCUGCAUUAUAUUAUACCGGAGAUGAGGAAGUAUUUGCCCUGGUUGUGUAUCGCCAGACCUAUUUUAAGGUCGCAUGAACACGAACAGUACCAGAUUCGAGGCCCCGCUAAGAUCAUGUGGUUCGAGAAGGUUUACAUAUAUUUUUGCUUUUUUGAAAGGAAUGUCCUCUAUCCGCUUCUGUUUCUGUCUGCCUUAACAGAGGACUCGCCGAAGAUCAGCGCAAAGCAUGGAGUCCUAAGUGCUUCCGUCAUUAUAGUCGUUUGCGGACUAAAGUGUCUAAGAAGUAGUUACUCUGACCAGAGUUCCCAGUACUUGAUACUUAUAUUUUCAGCUUUAUUUUUUAAAUACGACUAUAACUUCAUACAGGAAACGUUUCUAGUCGAAUACUUUUUUAUGGGCAUCGUUUUUCAUAAAUUUUACGAAUUAUUAUUGAAGGUGCAGUUUGUCGUUACUUACAUAGCACCUUGGCAGAUAACAUGGGGAUCAGCAUUCCACGCCUUUGCUCAGCCUUUCUCCGUACCACAUUCCGCAAUGCUAUUCCUCCAGGCACUCAUAUCCGCAGUACUCUCCACACCUUUAAACCCUUUUUUAGGCAGCGCGAUCUUUCUCACAUCUUACGUAAGGCCUGUAAAAUUCUGGGAACGUGACUAUAACACUAGGAGAGUGGACCACUCGAACACUCCUCUCUCCUCCCACCUGGAUAGGAACCUUGGAGCUGACGAUAAUAACCUAAAUUCGAUUUUCUACGAACAUCUUACGAGGUCUCUACAACAUUCUUUAUGUGGCGAUUUGAAACUCGGGAGGUGGGGUCCGGUGAACCAAGGCGAUUGUUUCGUGUUAGCCUCCGACUACUUGAACUGUCUGGUACACGUUAUCGAAAUGGGGAACGAUCUAGUUACUUUUCAGAUGAGGGGACUCGAGUUCCGAGGCACUUACUGCCAGCAGAGGGAGGUGGAAGCUAUCACUGAGGGAGUUGAUGAAAAUGAUGGUUGUUGUUGCUGUGAUACAGGUAGAUUACCAAAUAUGUUGGGCAUAAAUGCUGCAUUCACUCAGAGAUGGCUGGCUUGGGAAGUUACUGCUGCUAAAUAUAUAUUGGAGGGGUACAGCAUUUCUGAUAAUAGUGCAGUGUCCAUGCUCCAAGUUUUUGAAUUUAGAAAAGUUUUGGUGUCCUAUUACGUGAAGAGUAUUAUUUUUUAUACGGUAAGAUCACCGAAACUGGAGGAGUGGUUAUCUAACCAGAUAAUUUUGAAAGCCCUGAAGCCUAUGGAGCACAGGAAUUUUGUGGAUCUAGAUCCAGUUUUCAACUACAAUAUAGAUGAGGAUUUUGAUGUCCAAAGCAGUGGCAUGACACGUAAUAUGUUCGUGCAGGUCCAUGGGGACUGGAUAACUUACUGUGUCGAAAAGAGCGAGAAGAAUAUUGAAUCUGGAAUUAAUUCACCUCUAGUCUUAUUGUGUUUUGCUUUAAGUUUAUUAGGUAGGAGAACCUUAGGAGCGGUUUCACACAACACUGUCUCCAGUGUAGAAUUUUUUCUUUACGGUCUACACGCUUUGUUUAAAGGGGAUUUUCGAAUAACUUGUGCUAGAGACGAGUGGGUUUUCACCGACAUGGACCUUUUAAAGACUGUCGUGGCACCUGGAGUAAGGAUGUCGCUAAAGCUGCAUCAAGACCACUUCAUGUCGCCCGAUGAAUACGAAGAAUUGCCUGCUCUUUACGAAGCCAUCUGUAAGCACGAGGAGGAGCUUGUGAUAUCUCAUGAAGGCGAUCCCGCUUGGAGAAGUGCCGUACUUAGUGGUAUGCCUAGUCUUCUGGCCUUAAGGCAUGUAUUAGAUGACGGAACUGACGAAUAUAAAAUUAUCAUGUUAAACAAAAGGUACCUGAGCUUUCGUGUGAUAAAAGUAAACAAAGAGUGCGUUCGCGGUUUAUGGGCAGGACAGCAACAAGAACUGGUAUAUUUACGAAAUAGGAAUCCGGAAAGAGGAAGCAUCCAGAAUGCAAGACAGGCUUUAAGAAAUAUAAUAAAUUCCUCAUGUGAUCAACCGAUUGGUUACCCGAUUUAUGUGUCCCCUUUGACCACUAGCUAUGCGGAAACUAAUGAGCAAUACUGCAGUCUGGUUGGGGGAUCCAUCAGUUUAACGAAGAUUAGGAAUUAUAUUUUUAAUUUAUUUCGAAGGAUUCGGAAGAGAUGCGGUGAGGGUUGUUCAAGUGGGGCUGUGAACAGAGAAGAGAUUGGCAUGGGUCAUGAGGGUGUUUAUGCUAUGACUCCUAUUUCCACCCUUGCCCAUCAUGCCGGUAGUCAGUCAACGGAUGGUUCUCAUCUAGGAGGAAGCAUCGGAAGAGGUUCCAGUUUGAGCAGAACAUCUUUGGGUGGCAACAGGGGUAGUUUAGUCUCGAUGGGAAAACCUACCAGUUCAACGUUAGCCAGUUUAGCCGGCCUCUUCAGGGAGCGCGACGACAGGGCAGUGUCACAGGCCCCGGAUGCACAAGCGAGAGCAGAUGAAAGAUUAGGGGAUAUAAACGAUACCGAGAAGGAGUUUGUGUCUUCAAGAGUCAGAAUAAUUGAUCCAAAUUUAGUAUAUGACGCUAUUAAUCUUGGAAGAAGAAUAGACGUAUCGUGGCCGACGGAGUAUAUGAGGAUUAGAGGAGGGAGAACGCAUUGGAAGGAUUGGGUUCCCGAGACUGGUAUGGAAGGACCGGUAGUGCACAAAUGGGUCCCUUGCCACAAAGACCCAAACAAAAGAUCUCACGUAGACCGAACCAUAUUAUUAGUACAGAUCGACGACAAAUUUGUUCCUAUCGCAGAAAGCGGUGUCCAAGAUUUGGGCCCUGAAGUAUAACAUUUACUUCCCCGUGCAAACCUAGUAGAUAAUUGGUUUGAGCACAGAUUCAUAGACUUACGGGAUAGGAGUAAUUAUUUUUUCAAUUACCCCCUCUAUGGUAAUUACUAAGACUUAAUUGUAGUUUGUAAUUUUUAUAGUUGAUUUAUGGUUCCGUUAUUGUUUCGUUUAUCAAAACCUCCAAAAUCAAAAUAUGUUAAGGUGAUUUUCUCAAUAAAACAAGCAUCUGAAACUACCUUAAUCCCUGCAGUAAAAGUCAAAUAUUUAUUUUAAUUUCUAAAUAGACUCCUUUUGUGAUGGUCUCGUAAGUAAAUUUUAAUAUUUUUCAAUUUUGUUAAACUGCUUUAAUGUUAUUAUUGUAAAUAAGGUAUAUUUUAACAUGCUUUUCUUGUUUGCAAAUAUUUUAACACUUAAUUGUAUACUGAAGUUUUUAUACUGUCCCCUAUUUGCCAUUUUUUUUACUCUUAUCUUUUAAUGUUAGUCAAUUCGUAGUAAAAAUAUGGAUUACAUUGAAAGGAAAACAAAUUACCAAAUUGAAUGUACGUUUUGAGUACCUUAGCUACUAUUACAAUAUUUUGAUGAUCACCAUUUUCUCAUACGACUAAACAAUACGUGAAGGUCACUUCCAUUAGGGACUGAUUUUAUUUUCAGUUAAAAUAGGGUCAAAUAAUUUGGCUGGCGGAUUUCAUUUAUAAAUUAACCCGCUGUCCCUACUGAGUGUCUAUAUUGUGGUUUAACACAUGUUUUUUCUACCGGCUAUAAAAUGUCGUAUGUAAACAAAUUUAUAUUUCAGCGUGUUUUUAUUUAUUCAAGGUAUUUUCUAGAUUCUCGUGAAAAUUAUAAACUCUUUUAAACAAAUGAAUAACUUCAGACAACUCCUUUAACUUUGAAGAUGAGAGGGAAAUAUAUUUUUAGACGUUCUGCCGAGCUAAGGCAUAAAAGUAUAAAAAGUUUGUGAAUAAGAAACACCAUAUUUUUGAAAUUAUUAUCCAAAUUCAGAUAUAUAGUAAUAAAUCCCAACAAUCACAGUUUUUAUUAGAGAUGGGCACUUUUCGGAAAAGUGUUACGGACAUGUCGAUGAAAUGUCCGGACAUAUCAGGAAAAGUACCUUUGAUCUUGAAUCUAAUAGGGCACUUAUGAGUGACGUAAUGUUUUCAUAGGUCAUUGCUUGCGGGUACACAAAGCAAAAUUUUAUUUUUAAUAUGUGUCGAUAUAUUUUACUUAUUACCUACCUUUAGACUUUUUUAUAAACUGGUUUCUAAUUUUCCACGGACAGCCAAUACACUUAUUUAAAUGUUUUUCCAUCGUACUGGAAUUCUUAACAAUUGUUUUUGAGCAGAAGUUACAUUUAUAAUGCUUUUUACUCAAUUCAGAAAAAUAUAACCAAACUGGCGUCAUACUUCAUUUAUAAACUAUUUCUCUAUUAAAUAUUAAAUUAAGA